AUGGGCUCGGCGAAAAUGACCUACAUUUGGAUGCACGAUGCCUAUUUGAAGAUGGUUUUUCACGCAUACAAAUAUUUGAAUGCGCCGCUCACGGGCAUAUGUCUCGGAUACAAAGAAAGCAAAGACGAUAGAAUAUACAUCGUGGACGCGGUACCUUUGUUUCACCACCAAGUGUUGGCUCCGAUGUUGGAAUUAGCGUUUAUGCAAGUCAGUCGUCUUGCGGCUCAACGACAAUUGAGCCUAGUAGGCUUUUAUGUAGCGGAGGAAAUUCACUGUGACGCCUUAUCGACGGGCGAACCCGAAAAAAAGGAGUCUUCUAAAAAUGCCUUACCUCUGUGGAUGUGUGAUGUGUCUGCAAAGAUGAAACAAGCGUUUCCUCAGUCUUUUGUUUUUAAGGCAGAUGGCAAAAUGAUGUCCCAUUCCCUCUUGUCUCUACCAGGCCACAUGUUUACUUCGGUGUCUUCGGAUGUUUCCAGCUCUCCUGCAUGGAAGAUGCACCACUCUGUCAUUCUGGAUGAUCCUGAUCGCAUCAAGCAAUCAAUUGAUCAUUACUUCAGACACCAAAGGUUCUCUGACCUGGUGGAUUUCGAGCGGUAUUUGGACCGUUCAGACGGUCUUGUGCUUGAUUACACAAAUCCGAAGAUUUUUGAAACCUUCAAAAAGGACGUUUGAAAGCGCGAGGGGGGGAUAUAGUGCCAUUGUCUUCAAUCGUCUGGAUGACGUCCCGAAUAUCGUUCGGAAAGUUGCGCGUUACCUCGGAGUUGCGAUAGAUCAAGAGGGCCGCGUAACACUACGUUGUCAUCGCCAUUUUGAUAUAAACAUAACUUCGUCAUAAUUGUUGCGACCGGUGCAGAAUGGAUAACGUGAGGUUUGUGAUUUCGUCUAUGUGUUACGAACGUUAUCAAUGACUAGACGCGACAUCUAAUCGUAGUGAAGCCGUCUGAGGGACGCAGACAUAUGAAAGUGAGCUUUUGUCCGCAGAGUUGUUCGACGUGUGUCAAAAUUGACGCCUUUAGUUUCCUUUGACCGUUCAACAUUAAGUUGGUGCUUUUUCGAUUCGAUGCGUCGCAUGGUGAAUGCCUCGUGCCUGCGUACGCUUCGGUACCAGCAGGGUCACGAAACGCACGUCCGUGCAAAAAAAACAAAGAAAAAUAAUGUCAAAAAUUUCCGACCACUUUUUGCGAUUAUCCGAAAGCGUUGACCCCGGAAGCUAGCGACCUUGCAAGACAUGCAGCGUGACUGUCUUUUUAUUUCGCGAACGGAGUCGCUCGAUGUGCGUUGUUUUUCACACAUUAGUUUGAAGCUGACAUAGAUUUCAAGUUGGCAUGUCUGUACAGUAUGUACGCGUAUACCACGUUGAUGACAAACUGGAAGAUUAGAGUUCCAUCUGCGGCGUAGCCGAAGCUCAAAGAGAUUAUGUCCCAGCUGGCUAUGCCGGCGACGACGGCAGUCAAGAACUGUAGCACGAAUACUUGAACUUGCUUGCUCAUUUCUGAAGGUGCAACAACAGGGAGUGUGUGAGUUAUUGGGGGCAGCAUACGGACUGGCUGGUUGACGUAUAUGAAGGCUUGGUCGCAUACCGAGAGUCGUCCAGACGAAAUAUGCAGAAAUGCACAUGAUGAUGCUCAUCAGCUAUUUUGUUAUUGCAUGCAGUUGUAAGAAAGGUGGAGAGUGAGCACGAUCUUUCGGUUGGGUGUCGCAGGCUGGUAGGAGAGAGAAGGGGACGGGCAUGCUCCCUUCUGCGAUGCACUUGACGAGGUGUGGGAGUCACGUACACACAUAAAGUCUGCUUCGAUUCCGUAGCUGUUAAAUUCGGCACCCCAAAGCCCGAUCACGAAGCCAGGUAUAAGAAAACCUUUUGUGUAUGUACAUGUAAUGCGGUCAGAUA